UAUAUUGUGGCGGCCAAUACUACAGAUCACUUUAAGACAUAUCAUACAAAAGCUUUCUAGAAAGACUCUUCUAGAGAGAAAACAUGAUCGACAACAUCACAGAUGCUAGGAAUCCCCCCUCGACUAUAUCGCUUGAACCCCCGGACCCACCGGACAUACCAAUACAAAGGGAUGAGGAAAUUCCCCAAUGCUUCUCCUUCAAAGAGAUCCUAAUCGACAAACUUCCCACACUGAAUCGAGACUAUGAAACACUGCAGAUGGAGACGAAAGGACAACGACUGAUCACGUUGAAGAAAGACAUGAAGAUGCCAUUCCUCUUUCAAUGGAAGACAAGCAGCGAAUCUACCAACCAUGGAGAUUCUCAGUCAUAAUCAAGUUAAUAGGAAAGACGAUUCCACACCAAUACCUCAAAAGCAAGCUUACAAAUUUGUGGAAACUAACUGAAAACCUAAUCCUAAUCGAUAUUGAUUGGGGUUUCUACAUAGCGAAGUUUGCAAAGUCAAAAAACAGAGACAAAACCAUCCAAGGAGGACCUUCAUUCAUCCUAGGGAGCUUCCUCUGUGUUAAAUAGUUGGAACCAAACUUUUCCCCCCACGAAUCAGCACCCACCCACACAGCCAUCUGGGUAAGACUCCCAGACCUACCGACGGAUUUAUACGACAAGCAAAUACUGAAAAAGAUAGGGAAAAAAUUAGGGGUGCUACUGAAAAUCGAUGCCUGCACUUCAUCGACUUUGAGAGGCCGCUAUGCAAGAAUAUGCAUUCAGGUAGCAUUAGGGAACCCGAUCAAGAAUGAGGUCAAAAUUGGAAACCAUUUGCAGGAGGUGAUUUGUGAAGGGGAAGGGUCCCUAUGCACAUUGUGUGGUAAAGUUGGUCACAUCAAUCAAAAAUUUGUCAAUACACAACCUACUGGAAAAUAGUUCCUAGAUCCAAACUCAGUUGCGAAACCCCAAAAUGAAGAAGAAUGGAAGAUAGUGGUAUUUCCCAAAAGAGGGAAAGCAAAGCUGAACUCAGAAAGAACAAAAUAGGCAAGGGGAGCAAGCCACAAAGCACCGACACAGGAAAAAGCCUAGUUAAGGCCACAAGGAUGGUUCGUACGCGUGGUACCACUGAUCAUAAUAACGCACCAAGGCCUGGCAUGCCUAGAGGUCAUCCUCGUAGGAAAGGUAAGGGAGCAGCACCAGCUCCUGACCCGAAAAUAGAGCCAGAACUAGUAGAGGAACAUCAGGACACUCCUAUUCCUACUCAGCUAGAGGGACCACCACCACCAGCACAACCCCCAACUGCACCAGUUAUGACCCCAGCACUAUAGGAAGCGAUUGUGUAGCUCCUCACGGCUAUAGGGGUUGUACCACAGGCCCCAACCCUAGUAACGAGUAUACCAGCACUGCGGGAUCCGCCCGUCCAAACAGCACUUGAGGUUCAGCUGCCUCCACCAGUUGGUGUACCCCUGCCAGCAGUUUUAGAGGGUGUGAUGUCAUUACAGAAUCAGAAGAUGUUAGGGGUGUUUCAGAGAUUGUCACCCCCGAUAUUUUCUAGAGCCAUUGGCGAGGAUGUCAUGGAUUUCUUGACUACCUGUCAGGAACAGCUCCAUUCCUUAGGUCUUGUGGAGUCUAGAGGCGCAUGUGUAUCGUGUCGUUAUUUGUUAAUAUUAUAAAGAGAGUUGAAUGAGCAUGUUGUUGAUACUAUGGAGUAUGUUGGCCGUAGUAUGGGAUGUAAACUUGCUUUAAACGCCCUGAUGUCGCUCCGGUGGACUUAAAUCCUUGUAGAAUAGUGUAGCGGGCUAGUGCCUGGUAGUUUGUCUUAGUUAGGCGUUACCCUUGCUCUUAAAAAUAUCUUCAUCCAUAAAUUAGUAUAAUCAUGACUUUUGUGAUACAUCAGUCAUAAUAGAUUUCGUGAUCGUUGACCUUGGCUUUGGUUCCAGUUUUGGCGGCAUAUUGGUUGACUCAUUUGGGAAAAGUUUUUUAGUACUAUUGUAUUCUAGUUAGGAAGUAGAAUGUUUGACAUCAUGAGAUAAAUUAUCUGUGAGCAUCCGGGUACCAAGUUCUGGCCUUCAUUCUGAAUUAUCGGGUAGCAUCUAGGUACUUAGCCCCGGCCUCUACCGGCUUGCUAGUAUGAUGAGCAUCCGGGUACCCAGUUUUGGCCUCGAUUACACUGAUGUAUUACGAUGAGCAUUCGGGUAUCGAGUCUCAACAUCGACCGUACUUAUGUAUUAUGGCAAGUAUCCGGAUACCCAGUCCCAGCUAUCUGGCUGUAAAUCUCUGUGGAUUUCUUGGCCACUUUAAUUAUUCGGGCGAGCAUCUGGGUCCCAGUCCUGGCCUCAACCCCUAAGGCACCCCUAGAUCAAUUGUCUUUUGGAGAUUCUGGGUUUGGAAAUGAUACAGUACUUCGGUUCCUGACAUCGCAGAUUCUUAGUUCCUAGCCUUGAUAGUUGUAGCUAUUCUGUGUACUCAGUGGUUUUAUGGGGGUUCGUCUGGGUUUUUAUUUAAGUUGAGCACGAGUGUCCCGGCUGGGAUUAUGGGGGCCCAGUUGGGUAUAAUUAGUUGUAGUUCUCAUAGGUAGUUCUCUUUUCCCUUUGGAUGCUUAUGUUGACUCUUAUUUAGGCAAUUCCUCUUUUUCAUAUUGUUUUUACCUAUUCUGCUCAGUCAGCCUAUAAUGCCUACUGGGUACAUAUUGUCUUGGUACUUAUACUACACUCUGCAUCUACUUUCAUGAUGCAAAACCGAGUACCAGCAAUCGUUGUGGAUAAAUCGAGCCUGUUGGAGUCAGCUUUGGAGACUAGGGUGAUCACUUAGCAUUUUUGGAUCAUUUCAGUCUUCUUCAGUAUGGAUGACCCGUCUUUUGCCUUUUGAGACUAGCCAAUUAUUGUAUAUAUUUUCGGUCUACUUUCGGGACUUGUACUCGUCUUUUAUUUUGUAGCAGUUCUGUACUUGUGACGUUCAG